GCUACUGGGAGGAAAUGAUAAUCCACUAGUUGUGUUUUAAAAUGCCCAUUCCCAUUGCAUUAGUGCACACAUUUACAUGUCCGUUCGAGCGUGACACAUAAGCGAUAUCAAGCGUAAUCAGUAGCGGGAGCGCGCACCGCUGCGCAGGCACAAGGCUUCAGCACCAAGGGCAGAGACUUUAACAGAGCAUUGGCGAGCAUCAGGUCAUCGGAGAGGAGAACCAGAUGGGGACUAUGGCUGAACCGGAGAACCUGCGCUUCUAAUGGGCAUUGACCAAACCUGGCCGCCAUUUAGGAAAUCCGCUGCACCUAUACAGACUAUUCACCAGAUAAGGGGAAACAGCAUGGGGAAAAUCAACAGGAGAGAAGGGUCGGUUUUCAGGGACGCUGCAUUCAAUUAAUAUUGUAGUUGACAGCGAAACGCAUUUAAACAAUAAUCAAUAUUUAUUGUUUGAUAAAGAAUUUCAAUGUAGGCUAAUUACAUUCCAGUGGUGAUGUUUUCAACCUGGUGUUGAGGGAACUUGGUCAGCGGAGAUCAGUUUACCUGGCAAUUAGUCCAACGGACAUCGCGACACAUUCAGCAGAUGCGGUCUGUUUUUUCCAAAAACCGUAAAAAUGCGUCUUUUUCUGUUAGCUUUUUUCAUCUCUUGUUCUUGUGCCCGGGGUGGCUGCGAACCGAAGAUCGUUAACAUCGGAGCGGUUCUCAGCCAUAAGAGGUUUGAACAAGUAUUCAAGGACGCGGUGGCCCAAGCAAACAUUAUUUAUGGCAAGGAGAAGUUCAAGAUGAACGCAAUUUCUGUAACCCAUAAACCCAAUGCCAUACAGAUGGCUCUCUCUGUUUGCGAAGACCUCAUAUCAAACCAGGUGUAUGCCAUCUUAGUGAGCCACCCUCCACAGACCAAUGACCACCUCACCCCCACUCCAGUCUCCUACACCGCCGGCUUCUAUCGCAUUCCCGUGGUGGGGCUGACCACUCGCAUGUCCAUAUACUCUGAUAAGAGCAUCCACCUGUCGUUCCUCCGGACGGUCCCGCCCUACUCCCACCAGGCCCAGGUCUGGUUUGACAUGAUGCGCGAGUUCCAAUGGAACCACAUAAUCCUCAUCGUCAGCGACGACCACGAGGGGCGCGCCGCGCAAAAGAGACUAGAGACCCUGCUGGAGGAGCGUGAGACAAAGAAUAAAAACAGGAACUAUGAAAACCUCGACCAACAGUCCUAUGACUACAAGCGAGGACCCAAGGCGGAGAAAGUGCUGCUGUUCAGCCAGGAUACCAACCUGACAGCACUGCUGAAGGAGGCCAAGGAGCUGGAGGCGCGCGUCUUCGUCCUCUCUGCCAGUGAAGACGAAGCGGCGGACAUUUACAAAGCGGCACGCCUGCUGAACAUGACCGGUUCAGGCUACGUGUGGCUGGUUGGGGAGAGAGAGAUGACUGGUAAAGCUCUGAGCGAAGCUCCAGAUGGCUUGCUCGGCCUCCAGCUGAUCAAUGGCAAGAACGAGACGGCCCACAUCUACGACGCGGUGGCGGUGGUGGCCCAGUCCAUCCAGGAGCUCUUUGAAAAAGAGAACAUCACAGAGCCUCCUCGAGGCUGUGUGGGCAAUACCAACAUCUGGAAGACUGGCCCACUCUUUAAACGCGUGCUGAUGUCAUCCAAGUACGCAGAUGGCUUAACGGGCCGCGUGGAGUUUAACGAUGACGGCGACCGUCGCUUCGCCCACUAUAACAUCGUCAACUACCAGAAGACUCGUCCGGUGACCGUGGGCGUCUACAACGGCUCACAAGUGGUGAUGAACACUCAGCGGAAGAUCAUAUGGCCAGGGGGGGAGACAGAAAAACCGCGAGGCUAUCAGAUGUCAACCAGACUGAAGAUCGUCACCAUUCACCAGGAGCCGUUUGUCUACGUGAAGCCCACGCAAGAGGACGGGACGUGCAAGCCGGAGUACACGCUCAACGGAGUCUUAAUCAAGAAAGUCAUCUGUACUGGCCCAAACGAAACCAUUCCAGGCAGACCUACUGUGCCGCAGUGCUGCUAUGGUUUCUGUAUCGACCUCCUGAUCAAGUUGGCCAUGACGAUGAACUUCACCUACGAAGUCCAUCUUGUGGCUGAUGGAAAGUUUGGCACCCAGGAGCGAGUGAACAACAGCAAUAAGAAGGAGUGGAAUGGCAUGAUGGGAGAGCUCCUGGGUGGCCUGGCAGACAUGAUUGUGGCUCCACUCACCAUAAACAACGAGCGAGCGCAGUACAUCGAGUUCUCCAAACCCUUUAAGUACCAAGGGCUUACUAUACUUGUCAAAAAGGAAAUCCCGCGGAGCACGCUGGACUCCUUCAUGCAGCCAUUUCAGAGCACCCUGUGGUUACUGGUGGGUCUAUCGGUCCAUGUUGUGGCGGUGAUGCUCUACCUAUUAGACCGGUUCAGCCCGUUUGGAAGGUUUAAAGUAAAUAGUGAAGAGGAAGAAGAAGAUGCCCUCACCUUGUCCUCCGCUAUGUGGUUCUCCUGGGGAGUAUUAUUGAACUCUGGAAUCGGAGAAGGUGCCCCACGGAGCUUUUCAGCGAGGAUUUUAGGUAUGGUGUGGGCAGGUUUUGCCAUGAUAAUAGUAGCAUCCUACACUGCCAAUUUGGCAGCCUUCCUAGUGCUGGAUCGGCCUGAGGAGCGCAUUACCGGCAUCAACGAUCCUAGGCUGCGAAAUCCAUCAGACAAAUUUAUCUAUGCCACAGUGAAGCAAAGUUCUGUGGACAUCUACUUUCGGCGGCAAGUUGAGCUGAGUACCAUGUACCGCCACAUGGAAAAGCACAACUACGAGAGCGCCGCCGAAGCGAUCCAGGCUGUGCGAGACGGCAAACUCCAUGCCUUUAUCUGGGAUUCAGCCGUGCUGGAGUUUGAAGCCUCGCAGAAGUGUGACCUGGUUACAACAGGGGAGUUAUUCUUUCGCUCUGGAUUUGGCAUAGGCAUGCGCAAGGAUAGUCCUUGGAAACAAAACGUUUCCCUAGCCAUUCUCAGCUCCCAUGAAAAUGGCUUUAUGGAGGACUUGGAUAAAACCUGGGUGAGAUAUCAGGAGUGCGACUCACGAAGCAAUGCCCCAGCCACACUCACGUUUGAGAAUAUGGCAGGCGUCUUCAUGUUGGUGGCUGGAGGCAUCGUUGCAGGAAUCUUCCUCAUCUUCAUCGAGAUCGCCUACAAGCGGCACAAAGACGCCCGCCGGAAACAGAUGCAGCUGGCAUUUGCAGCAGUGAACGUGUGGAGGAAGAACCUGCAGGAUAGAAAAGUUGGUAGAGCAGAGCCCGACCCCAAAACGAAAGGCUCUUUUAGGUCCGUCAGUUCCUCCAUGGCCUCCAACAUCAAGAGACGUAGGGCCUCCAAAGACACGCCCUACCCCACGGAUAUCACAGGGCAGCUGAACCUGUCGGACCCAUCCGUCAGCACCGUGGUUUGAGUGGAGAAAA